AUGGCGUCUACGUCUAGGCAGUCGACCAGGAGACUCAAGGUCAAUGGAUCCAGUAUCGAGGACAGAUUUGAGGAAGACGGCGGCGACGAGGCGAGCGCUUCUCACCUCGUCUCCUUCCUUACUGGCUAUGAUACUUCUCGAACGGGUCGAGAUGUAGACGAAGAUGAGGACGAAAGUGAGGAUGACAGGAAGGAUGGAGAGAAGAGUGAGGAUGAAGAGGACGACUAUGAAGAUCCAGAUGAGGAUGGCGAGAUUGAUCUGACACCGUCUAAGAGGAAUCGUACGGGUCUGGUGGGAUUACCCAGCUCAGGACGAUCCACACCUAGAUCUAACCGAAGUACGCCCGUGAAGCGGAAACAGACUCCAAUGACUGGUGGUAUGGGAGGUGAUGGGGUUGCGUCGGAUGAAUACGGCUACAUCAAGACUUCUCGAGCGGAUGCCUAUUUUUUAUCGCAUUCCAAGUCGUCAAGGACAUCCGGAAAUUCUUAUUCAUCGCUUGUCAGGCCACUCUCGCAAGCGACAUACGAAUCACACGCUUCAUCGGCUCGAUCUAAGGGCAAAUCGAAGGCCUCUAUCGAGAGCCUCUUGGCGUUCCACGCGCUUAAAUUCGAUCAAUGGGAGUUGGAAUUGGAAGAAGGAUUCAAUCUCCUACUUUACGGCUAUGGAAGUAAAAGGAGACUGAUCAACCGUUUCGUCAAAGAUCGACUGGCCUACAGGGGUCACUGUGUAGUUGUGAAUGGACAUUUCCCACAGCUCGGCAUUCGAGACAUUCUGAAUCAGAUAGACGACACACUAGGUGUGUCACAGAAUAUCCCCGUUCCACCUCUGGCGACGUCUCCUCUGGAUCGAUCCGCCCAUAGGAUAUACAGCUACUUUCUUCCUCCGGAAGCCCUAUCCUCCACCCAUGGUUCUCAAUACCCAACGGCCGACGCUCCACUCUACCUUGUCAUCCAUAAUAUCGACUCUCCGACUCUACGAACACCUCGUUCUCUCGCCAUUCUCUCGCUCUUAGCUUGCUGUCCGCGUAUACAUCUCCUCGCUUCAUUCGACCACAUCCAUACUCCUCUUCUCUUCUCCACGACAAUGAAUGAUACUCCCCCUCAUCAUUAUGAAACGGGCUCAUUCACAGGUACCCCAUCCCCAGAACGAGGCUUCAAUUGGCUGUAUCAUAAUUCAACGACCUAUGACGACUAUGACCUCGAGUUGACGUAUCAGCGCCUGACGUCUAAAGCUGCCCUUGGAGGCAUCUCUUCAUCCUCAGUGACGGGUAUAUCCGAGGAAGGAGCCCUUCAGAUCCUCCGAUCUGUUCCCCCGAUGGCAUUGCGUCUCCUCAAACUGCUCUUGUCCAAACAACUUGCAUCUUUACCGCCAGAACCGAGAUUUCACGUCGCUCAUCCAGCAUCUCAGACCUCGCCGUCAUUCGCGAUCGACAAUGAUAUUCUCCAGCGGCUUGCCCGUGAGAAAUUCAUUGCUCGGGAAGAGGAGCGAUACAAUGCCUUGAUGGGAGAGUUUAAAGACCAUGGAAUGGUCGUAGAGGCUCAGGCCGAUGCAGAAGGUAGGACGGGGAGAUGGGUCUGGGUACCACUCGGCAAGGCUGCGAUUGAGAGGAUACUCGAGACGAUGCACGAAACCGAAGUGUAA